UACAUUCCAUGCGAGCCAUACUCCCCGUCUGGAGGACGACCCCCAUCGCCAUCCUCCAUCGGGAAAGUGGGAUACCUCCUAUCGCCCAACUUCUCGAAGCAUGUCGAUACCGCUUCUCCACCCGACUCAAAUCCCUUGAUGAGGCACAUCCCCUCGCGAAGCGCACGCUUCCACCCAGACAACCCACCUACCACCCGCUUAUCAAGCAGAAGUACCAAACUCUAUCAGAGAGCAGCUUCAAGACCCGUCUCCGACGGACUAAUGAGCUCCUCGCACCCUGUCCACGCCCGGCUCUCAUGCAAAAACGCUUCGACAAGGAACAGGACACACCCCUACAGACGGCAGCAAAAGAGGAAUCGGCCGAGGCCUUCCUCCGGUGGGCUGAGACAGUAGGCCCAACCACUCUGAUCGUAUACUCAGACGGCUCCUUGUCCUCGGAAGGAGCAGCCAGCUAUGGGUUUGCCAUUCACCAGAAGGACCUUUCCAU